CUUACACUAUCUUCGUACGUCUGAAUGAAUUCAGCUUAAAAAAAACAAGUUUCCCAGGAGAAUUUUAAUCUCCCGCUUAAUCAUAGGAAAUCUGCAUCGAGAAAUAUUGUCGCGAACAUGAACUUCCGAAAUGUAAAUCCCCUAAACGUUUACUCGAAUUACAUAUCGGGCAACCUGCUACCAUUAGCGCCGCACAGCUCGCGAUUUUCGAUUACGUGGAAGUCGUACGGCGGCUUCAUGUGGUUACUUCAAGGAGUCCAAUUAUGCGUGCUAAUCCCAGGUCUUAUCAUGGUGUCGUGGGAGAAGGCUAUUAUAGACGGUACUAUCACCGCUAUCCUUACCAUCGAAGUGUUCUUCAUAGUUGGACAGAUCCAGACACACAAAAAACUGGUAGAUCGGCUUAUUCGGAAACUGAACGACAUUCUACAAAUCGAGGACGAGAUCAUGAAGGACGUCGUAAUGACGACUAUCAAGCCUAUGGAUGGUCCGCUCAGAUUUUACUUGGUAUCUGGUGCGUUGUCCGUUUUCGUGUGGUUCUCAUUACCGUUGCUAAUGGUCUUCGAGAGGGAGACCUUCUUUUACGAGGAUUUUAGAUUGCCAGCAGUCUUUUCUCAGCAGCCAUUCUCGUCCCGAACCUUUGUGCUAGGUAGCAUUUUGGUGCUGUUUGGCAAUGUUCAGAUCUUUCUGAAGAAAUGUGGCUUGGACAUUUACAUGAUACAUCUCGUGCUAAUGCUAACAGCACAAUAUCGCUAUACCGCCAGGAGGCUUGCCUUGAUAUUUCAAGAUGCAGAUAAACGAUGUAAAUUCGGAGAAGUUAGUUGUGAAGCAGAUCAAUGGAUGGACAAUGCGAUAAAAGCGUUAUGCCGGCAUCACACUACUGUCAUACGUUUAUCGGUUAUACUGAGGAAAUUGCUCUCUUCGAGUCUCAGUAUGAUUUAUGUGAACAGCGUUUUACGCUUUAGUUUUACCGCUAUUCUAUUUAAUACAGUACUAUCAGCCACUCCACUGGAAGGUUUGCUGGUCAGUAUGUAUUCGUGCGGCUCAGUAAUGGAAUUCUACAUGUUAUGCUCUUGCGUGCAACAAUUGCAGGACGCGAGUACAAACAUUACUGAUGAAGCCUUCCACGAAAAAUGGUAUCAAUUUGGGCCGUCUGUAAAACGUACAUUCAUGUUGAUGGUACUCGGUAAUACUUUAGGAUGCAAACUUUCGACGUGCGAUAAAUUCAAUCUGUCUUUACCCUCAUUUAUGGCGAUCUUGAAUCAAUCGUACUCCAUCGCCCUUGUGCUCUUAUAAACGGAAGAAGCAAUAUGAACAUAUCGUAGUUUUCUUAGAUACAAACUUUCUCAAGUAUAAUGUUGGUUUCGCAAAUAAAAAAUGUCCGAAAGCUCAGAAGUAGGU